UGAUGGGAAAUAGUGAACGGAAAAAUUUCAAGAUUGCAGUUCGUCGGACGAUACUGCGCUUGAAAAUUCCUGGCAACGAAUAGUACAAAAUGAAGCCUUUAAUCGAGUUCGAGGAAUGUUUGCGAGACACGCCAAAGUUUCGAUCCUGCAUCGAGGAAGUAGAGGCAAACGUUGAUCUACUCGAACAAAAAUUAGACAAGGUGUUAAAAAACUGUAGCCAGAUGAUUGACACUGGAAAACUUUUUGUAGGACAACAAAGCCAAUUUGCCAAUAGCCUGUGGGAAUUAUCUCUUUACUUUACUGAUGAUUCAGAGAUAAUGGCCUUACUCAAUAAACUAAUUCAUGCUUUACAAGAAAUGAACAAGUUUCAUACUAUUUUAUUAGAUCAAGCAUCUAGGACAGUGAUUAAAGAUCUUAACUCAUUCAUCAAAAGUGACAUUAAGAGGGUGAAAGAAUCUCGUCAUUACUUUGAAAAAAUCUCUGCAGACUUAGAUAUAGCAUUAAACCGAAAUUCCCAAGUUCCGAAGUCCAGACCAGCAGAGUAUGAAGAAGCUUCAAAUAUUUUAUCAGCUACGAGAUCCUGUUUCCGACAUACAGCUUUGGAUUAUAUUCAUUCUUUAACGAUGAUACAAGCGCGUAAGCGACACGAAAUAUUGGGUACCCUACUUAAUUAUAUGAAUGCGUGUAUUACUUAUUACCAUCAAGGUAGCGAUCUAGCGCAAGAUUUGGAUCCAUUUCUAAAAGAUCUCGGGGAGAACUUAAUUACAAUGAGGGCCGAUUCCGUAAAACUCGAGAAAGAAAUGGAAAAUCGGCAUAUUUACGUUACGAAUAGAGACUUAAUACCUUCUCCAGUACCUAGUAAUCCUAAGAUGGAAGGCUACCUCUUUAAACGUACUAGUAAUGCAUUUAAAACGUGGAACAGAAGGUGGUUUUGUUUAAGAGACCACCAGCUAGUAUAUAGAAAGAGGACUGGUGAUAAUGAUUUCACUAUUAUGGAAGAAGAUCUUCGUCUUUGCACUGUGAAACCAGUAGUUGACUGUGAUAGAAGAAAUUGUUUCGAAGUAUUAAGUCCUACAAAAAGUCACAUAUUACAAGCUGAUAGCGAAGAAGCUUAUUUAGCAUGGGUAACUGCCAUGCAGCAAGCGAUUGGUGCUGCCAUUCAAAGAGGUAUGGGUGCUGGUACUAUAGUUAGUAUACGAGAAUCACAGUCACAAAAUGUUAGAGGAUCGAACAGGCAACAGACAAAACCGAAAUCAAGAGUCUGGGAGCAAAUCCUAAAAAUUGCUGGAAAUGAUACUUGCUGUGAUUGUGGUGGUGCUAAUCCAAGAUGGGCCAGUAUCAAUCUUGGAAUUACACUUUGCAUAGGUAUAAAUCACUUUUUCACGAUAAUGAUAAUUAAAUUUUCUUCAAAACUUUCUUUCAACAAUUUUUUCUUUUCAGAAUGCUCUGGAGUGCAUAGAAGUUUAGGGGUUCAUUAUAGUAAAGUUCGUUCUCUGACGUUAGAUGACUGGGAACCAGAGAUACUAAAAGUAAUGGCAGAGCUUGGAAACACUGUAGUGAAUAAUGUUUAUGAAGCUCUACCAAUACCUUCUAAUAUUAUUAGAGCUACUCCAAAAUGCAAUGGUAAUAUACGUGAAGCUUGGAUAAGAGCGAAAUAUGUAGAGCGUAAAUUUGUGAAGCCUUUAAGCAACAUGAUCUCGUCUGGGCAACACACGAGUCGCGAUAAAAUGCAUUUUCGCAAAUGGAGUGUCCGUAAAUUGCGUCGUCGACCACGGAGUUGCGACAAAAUCGAUAGCGCUAACCGCAACAAAACAACAACGUUAUCAUCUGUAAAAGAGGGUCAUCAUUCGACGAGCUCUGACGACAGCAAAUAUACGUCGAUCGAAAGUUUGAGUUCGGUCGAUAAAGCGAAGAAAACCGAGAGAAAUUCAUUAAGCUCUGACGACAGCACGAAUAUGGAUCUAAAGAAUGACUCUACACUGUAUGGGAAAAUUUUAGCACGGCCACGUAGCGACAUAAAUGAAAGUAAUCCUAAGGCUAUCGAUAGUAAUACGGAAUCGAACAUCGAGAACGAACUUCUUAUUCCUGAAAUCAAGGACAAUACGAUUGCCACGAGCAAUUCAGAGAAUAGCCUGUUGAUAAAAAGCGAAGUGUCCUUAAGCACAGAGGUAUCUGAUGUGAAAGAUACGUUUGAGAAUAAAGACGCGGGGACGGAGAAACAGUGUAAAAUAGAAUCCGACGUGUUAAUGUUCGGAUGCGAUUUACCAAAGCCAACGAUCGAUAAUAGCUUAGAAUUAAGUUCUGACCAAGAUUCGACUGCCGGCGAGGAUGAAGAGUUCACAGACGAGGAGGAUAUCGAGAAUUUGCAUCCUGAAAUGCUUCUUUACAAAGCUGCUGCAGCACACAAUCUUCCUGUGAUGUGCGCAGCUUUGGCAGCUGGUGCUGAUAAGUCAUGGACGAAUGUUAACGACAGAGGAAGAAACGCUCUGCAUCAGGCAAUUAUAAGUGGUUCUGUGAUGUCUUGUGAAUAUCUGAUACUAAAUGGAGCACGUAUUAAUUGUCAAGAUGCUGAUGGAAAAACACCACUGUACUUGGCUACAGAAUUAGGCCAUACUGCCCAAGUAUGUUUGUUACUAAAACAUCGCGCCGAUCAACACAUCGAAGAUGAAAGUGGUGUAAAGCCUCUGUCAAUAGCUGUAAAAGAAGCUAAUGCGGACAUUGUUACGUUAUUGAGACUUGGUCUUCUAAACGAAGAGAUGAAAGACUCGGAGAUCGGAAUCAGCGGCGAUGAAACUUUCAACGACGUCGUUCGCGACUUCAGCCAGCUAGCUUGCUCUCAUCCAGAACGACUGCAACGACGAAAUGAAAGUAGCAAUCCGUCGCAACCGCCUGAAUGAGGUUUAAGAACGUGCAAAGUUUAUUUGCAAAGUCUAAAAAGCAAACUACAACGGAAGGAGAAGAAGGAGUGCGGUACAUCGAAAAUGUCGUCUUUCAGUUCCUUGCAGGGUAAUAAAGUUGAUUAAUGAGUAAUGAAGUAAGUACGAAGAACGUGAUCCGAAGUUUUAUGAUAUAAGCAAUCGAAGACGAGAAACAAAGAUAACAUCGUGGAAGUCGUAUCUUUUUACACUUUGAUCUCUGUGCGACAAAAGUUCAUUGAAAUUUAUUAGCAUUUUGUAUUCCUAUUAAAGAAAAAGAGAAAACAACACAUAGCUAGAGAAAUAUCACAUGUACUGCGCGCGCGAGAGAGAGAGAAAGAGAGAGAAGAAAGAAGAAAAUAUUAUAUUUUGCUUACACAGGAAAUUUACGCUGUCCAAUGAUAAAAUAUUAAGAUGCCGAUCUUUUUGUAUACCUUCCCUCCUGGUUUCCUAUCAAAUAUGCAGAAAGAAAUGUCGCGGUAAUAAUUUGUGCGUGCGCUUUGUAUAUAUUUUAAAGAUGAUCUUACAGAUUUAAACAAAUUUCACAACAGAUAUACCAUAUAGCAUAAAUGCAACCUGGAAUUUGAAAAACUUUUACGAAUACCUAUGGCAAAGUGUAAAUUAUAUUACUAAGUAGAUAUUUGUACAUCGUUUAUGUAAUACGAAAAAUACGUGACAAAGUAGUUUUAAAUUCUACAUGAUAAAAAAGUUAAUGGCUGACGCGUUUUCGAUAUGAUAUGGUCUAGCGAUGGAACAACAAUUUUAUACAUAUAUCUGUUUUUAUAUACUUAACACUACCAGCGAUGUAUGUACGACUGGUAUUAAGAAACUUAUCCUUUUUUCUUUUUUCUUUUUUUUUUUUUUAAUUAAAAGUAGUGAUUUCGAUGCUAUAUAAUUAGUAUCGAUUUAAUUGUGACAUUAUAAAUACAUAGAAUUAUGUAGUUUAUCUAAUAGUUAGAUUUAUAAAAAAUUGUAAACUGCACCUAUUAGAUUACCAAAAUAGAAUAACAAUGAUUCUAUAUAGUUCCGUAUAUUAUAUAUAUAUAUAUAUCGAAUUUGUUGCCAAAAAUUAAUCAUUUGUACAUACAAACUUGUAGAUCUGAUCGCUAUCUGAUGUUAAUUCUUGAACAAAUGCUUUACUUGUGCAAAUCCUCUGAAGUUAACACUCGAGAAACAUUAUUUAACGAAACAUAUAAAAAGUAUUUGUAUUUACAACAUUUUUAUAACAGAUUCAAUUUCACUCUGCUUGCUGCGUUUUAUCCAUUUAGGACGGUUGAAUUAGCUUUCUUUGUUUAUGACUUGUACAACGAAUAAGUUAUGCUUCCUUUUGUGCAUAUUUUAAUACUUUGUAACUAACUAUGUUGAACAGUAUUUAUGAGAAAUUUAUAGAGUAAUGCAUGAUUUUCAGCCUACUUGUACGUAAUAGAAAAAAGAAAUCUAUAUAAGAAUUGAAAAAAAGAAACAAUACCAAUCGUUGUUGAAUAUUUUUUCAUUGUUUAAGUAGAGAGGCUUUAUUGAUAGUUACGAUUCAAUGGUACAAAGCUGUGAUCAUUGACACAACUUUGUAAAAUUUCUUUUGACAAGAGCUUUUAUAAAAACGAUGGGCGAAUGAUUUUCAGGUUUGAUAUAUUUUUUUAUUUGAUAUAGUAUUACCAUAGUUUCUUUUUCGAAUCUGGUAUUCGAUUAUUCGAUAUAAGAAACUUGUUUAAUUAAGAAACAAGACUACAGUGGCGUAAGCAUAAUUCUAACGAAAUGAGAUACUCAUCGUUGCACAGGCGAAUAGCAGCAACAAAACUCUUCUAUAAUCUAUAUUUUAAUCUACGAUAUACUAGUAUUUUAUUACUUGUUGUUUUUACAACGCAAGGUAAUUUUAAGAAAAAACAAGGAAAUCUUUCGAUUUCGUGACUGUGCGUUUUUCUACGCUUUGUUACGAAUGAUUUUUUAUUACUCGAAUUUUCAUAUAUUAUAAAAAUUCUUUUCGUAUGGAAAAAUUAAUUCUAGUACUUGUACUUUGUACUUAGUUCUUUUUUUUACCCAUUUUAUACGUACAAUUAACAGAAAGAAAGGACGUUUAAACUAAAAGAAAAUAACGAUAUUACAAAUUGUUUCCAUUACGGAUAAGAAACGUCUUCCAAGAUGACAAUUUCUUUUCUAGAAAUGGUAAUAUCAUUAAUCGUAUAAUUUCCUAAUUGUAGAAUCUUCUAUUUGUUGAAACGUUGUCGAUUAUUGUAAAAUCGUCACUGGUUACUGCCUAAUUGCGAAACGUUGUUACAAUAAUUCCACGGUACAUACGUCUAUAGGCAAGUUAAACAAACAAUAUCGUUUCUCUGCUGCGCGACAUUGUAAUAAAAUUGUAAACAGUCUAAUUCAUGUAUCAUACUUAUACACAAACUUUACGUCAUAAAGCAGUGAUUACGCAAGUA